AAAGGAUACCAAAAAGAAAAAAGAAGUAACACACAAAAGCAAAGAUUAACGACGAAAGAAAGGAAAUGGAUCUUGAAACAAGAGAAAUGCACGAUGGAAGGAAAGGAUACCAAAAAGAAAAAAGAAGUAACACACAAAAGCAAAGGUACGAAUACAAGAAAGAAGCUACGAUAAUUGUGGAUGUAAGUAACCUGCAAGAAGUUACGGCAACCGAAAUAAUAAAAGCAAUAAACGAAGAGAUUGGUUUUGGAAAGCUGCUGGCCGUCAGAUACAGACAAAACAAAGAAUUCGAGGCGACACUACAAACUGAAGAAGAUUGUCUAAAACUACUGGAUGGAUUAAUGAUAAAAGGAAGAUUAUGUGACAUAAGAAGACUUUGUUGCAGUGAAAUGACUGUAUCCUUUUUAAAUUUACCGGCAUACUUGGAAGACAAGAUUAUUUUAGAUAAACUUUUAGCAUGGGGAGUAACACCAAGUCUACCAAUAAGGAGAAGAUUUUAUCCGGGAACAACAAUAGCGGAUGGGACUCGGUUUUUAAAAGUUAAAUUCCCCAAAGAAAUAACAUCACUACCAUACAGCACAAAAAUUGAAACGGCGGAGGGAUUACAAUAUUUCAGAGUGAUACAUGAUGGACAGAUAAGACUAUGCAGAUUGUGUGCAGGAACAGGACACCUAAUAAAAGACUGUCCAAAUCUAGUGUGUCGGGAAUGUAUGGAGCAAGGGCAUUUUGCUAAAUACUGUAAAGCAAUUAAAUGUCCAGACUGUAACCAUGCCCUAAUAAGCUGUACAUGUACGGAUGAAGAAGAAAUAGAGAAAGAAAAAGAACAAGAGAACGGGGAAGGAAAAGAACACAACAUUCAGCACAGAAAAACAGAAGAGGAGAGCAAUAACGAAAGAUUGACAACGCAAGAAGAAGAGGAGAAACUACAUAAUCAGGAGGACAACAAAGGAAAAGAUGAGUACACCAGUGCUCAAAAAAUACAAGAAAUGGACACAGAACAACAAACAGAUCCUAUGACAGACAACUGCGCGGAAAGAGAGGUGGAAGAAGAAAGAAUGGACAUGGACAAUACAAAUGAGACUGAAAACAAAGAUACAGAAAAGGAGAGAAGUAAAAAGCAACAGAACAAAGGAGCCGAAGGGACUAAAAGGAAAGUAAAAUUUCAACCAAAUCUUGCCGGUGCGCUGGAAAAACAAAGAAAAAGAAGAGAGACUUCAAAAGACAAAUGGUUAGAAAGAACCGGUAUGUUCGAUAUUUUAACUGAAGAACUAUUAGAAUAAUACAAUGAACAAAAUAAUUUUAUCUUUUUUAUUCUUUCCGUUUUUAAUGAGUACCCUUUUUAUAACAUCGAUAAACACAAGGGGUCUCUCAGAUUAUACAAAUUUUAAAAGACUUUUACAUAUAACAGAAAAAACAGAUAUAUUAUGUAUACAAGAAACAUUCUGGGACAAUAAAACAGCAAACAGUUUAAGUAAAGAAUGGAACGGUAUUUUUAUACAUAAUAGUCAAGACAAUAAAAGAGGAGGGGUAGCUAUUUUAAUUAAAAAAGAUAUUUUAGAAAAUGUCAAGACAAUAUACGCAGAUGAAAAGGGACGAGUUUUAGCCAUAACGGCAGAAUAUAAAGAUAGACAAAUCAACAUAUGUACAAUACACGCACCAAACAAUGUUAAUGAAAAAGAAAGCUUUUUUAAAAAACUUAGUUUACUAAUGGAAAAAUGGAAAGAAACGAUAUUAAUAGGGGAUUUUAAUACGGUUUUAAAUAAACUGGACAUAAAUGAGCAAAUGGUGUUUAGAUCGGAUACAGGAAGAGAACAGUUAAGAGCGUUAAUGAUAAAACAUAGUCUAGAAGACAUAUGGAGACAAAAGAAUAAAGAAGAAAGAAUAUACUCCAGAGAAGAAUGGUACCUAGAUAAACGAAAACAAAGCAGAAUAGAUUUUGUGUUAGUUCCCAACAAUAUGAAGCAAUAUAUAGAAAAAGUGGAAUAUGGAAAAUAUAAUUUUAGUGAUCACAAUUUUAUAAACAUAAAAAUAGAUUUUAAUGAAAUGAUAAGAGGACCGGGAGUAUGGAUUUUUAAUGCAGAUCAUCUAAAAGAUGAGAUUUUUAAAACAGAAAUAAAAAACAUAAUCGAAAAUAGCAAAACAGAUGUUUUAUAUGAUAAAGAAAUUCUAGUAUGGUGGGAUAACAUAAAAUAUGAUAUUAAAAAAUAUACAAUAAAAUACGGAACUAAAAUCAAACGAAUCAAAAGACAACUAGAAAACUGGAAAAAAGAAAAGUUAGAAAAAGAACUUAAAAAAGUAGAAAGCGGAAGAGGAGACAUAAAAGAAAUCUUAAAACUAGAAGAAAAAAUAAAAAAAUUAGAAGAGGAAAGAUACAAAGGGGCAAUGAUUAGAAGUAAAGCAGAAUAUAUGUUAAAAGGGGAGAGAUGCACAAAAUAUUUUUUUGAGCUAGAGAAAGCACGGCAAAAAACAGACGAAAUAAAAGCAUUAAAAACAGAAAAUGGAGAAGAGAUCAAAACAACAGAGGGAAUUUUAAAAGAAAUACAUAGAUUUUAUACACACCUAUUCAAAAAAACAGAGAUAGAUGAAAAAGGAAAAGAAUUUUUAUUAACACAAAUCAAAACAAAAAUACAGGAAGAAGACAAAAAGAUGUGUGAUCAAAAAAUUGAGGAAAAAGAGAUAGAAGAAGCGAUGAACAGAAUGGAAAAUAAAAAAAGUCCAGGUCUAGAUGGGUUAACAAUAGAAUUUUAUAAAACUUUUAAAGACAUUUUAGUGCCAAUUUUAUCUAAAUUAUUCAAUGAAAUACACAAAAUAGGAGAAGUCUCGCAACAGAUGAAAAAAGGUUUGAUUAAAUUAAUAUAUAAGAAGAAAGGAGACAAGACGGACUUAAAAAAUUAUAGGCCAAUAAGCAUGCUAAAUACAGAUUAUAAAAUACUAGCAAAGAUACUAGCAAAUAGACUAAAAACGGUACUGCCUAGUAUAAUAGAAACCAAUCAAGCAUAUGGCGUAUUAAAUAGAGACAUUUCAGAUACAAUUAGUAACAUAAGGGACACAAUAUGGUAUAUGAAAACACAAAAAACCAAAGGGUAUCUAAUAAGCAUAGACUUUGAGAAAGCAUUUGAUAGAGUAAACCACAAUUAUUUAUUUGAAACAUUAAAACGGUUUGGGUUUGGGAAUGAUUUUACAAAAUGGUUAAAAUGUCUUUACAUGAAUUCAUAUAGCUGUAUAAAAGUGAACGGGUACCUAACGGAUUUUAUUCAGUUAUCAAGAUCCAUACGGCAAGGAUGUCCACUCUCAGCAUUAUUAUACUCACUGGUCGCUGAACCGUUAGGUCUAGCAAUAAAAGCAAGUAGUGGAAUAAGAGGAAUAAAUAUAGAAAAUAACAAAAAUCAGGAAAAAAUAUUUCAAUAUGCUGACGACACCACCCUCAUACUGAAAGACACAGAAAGCGUAAACAGGGCGAUACAUGUGUUAAAUCAAUAUUGUAAAGGAUCGGGAGCUUUUGUGAACAAAGAAAAAACGCAAUACAUGAGGAUAAGCGAUGCAGAAAUACUACCAGUAAAUAUAGCUUUUACAGAGGUGAAGGAAAAAAUAAAAAUUCUAGGAAUAAACAUAGGAGAAGAUGAAAAUAAAAUAACGGAUAUUAUAUGGGAAGAAACUUUAGAUAAAAUGCAAAGAAAACUAAACAUGUGGAAAAGAAGGAACUUGUAUAUAAAAGGUAAAGUUUUAGUUUUAAAUGCACUAUUUUUAUCCAAAAUGUGGUAUGCGGCGGGGGUCGUCAACAUCCCGAUGUGGGUUUUAAAAAGAGUUAAAAGCUCAGUUUUAAAUUUUUUAUGGGACGGAAAACCGGCUAAAAUAGCUUACGACACUAUAAUUGGGAAAAAAGAAGGAGGAGGGUUGGGACUUUUAGAUUUAUUUAUUAGAAAACAGAGCCUAAGAGUUAAAAUAAUUAAAAAAUUUUUGAACGAAGAAGAACAAAUAUGGAAAUGGGUUUUUAAUUUUUAUAUAAAUAAAUGUGCUGGAGGGGAAAUGAAUGAGAAUAUUUUAUGCAUGGAAUUGAAAGAAAACAUGUUUCAAAACGUUCCAGAGUUUUACAAAGAGGUUUUUAGAGCGUGGGGGGAUUUUAUGGAGAAUAUAAUAUACAAAAUAAAAGGGAGAAAAAAUCUUUUAGAGCAACCCAUUUUUUUAAACAAGCAGAUCUGUUUUAAAGAAAAGACACCGUAUUUUAAACAUUGGUACGAAGCAGAAAUAAAACAAAUUAAAGACGUCUUGUACGAAUAUAGACCAGGAUUUCUCCCAACACAGGCAAUAAUUGACUUCUUGGAAGGAAAAGAUAAAACAAUAAACACAGAUAUCAUCGAAAAACAAUAUGAAACGCUAAAACAAGCAAUACCCAAAGAAUGGUUACAAAGAAUAGAAAACAAAGAAGGAAAUGAAAGGAUGAAAAUCGAAGUAAAAGUAGGCAAUCAAAAAAACGAUCUAAACAGCUGCUCCUUGAGAACGUUUAAUGACAUAUUUGUCAAUAAAGCGUGGGUAAAACCCAAAGCAAAUGCGCAUUGGAGAAAAAUAUACCCAGAACUAGAGGAAAACGAGAUAUGGAAAACAUAUAAAGGUCCCAAACUUUUAAUACUAGAAAAUUUUAACUUUUAUCUUAAACACAAUUGUAUAUAUGACAGAGAAAAAUUACACAAAAUCGGAUUGGAAGACAACCCAAACUGUACACUAUGCAAAGAGAAUAAAACAGAAGAUUUUAGACACAUGUUUUUAGAAUGUAAAGAAAUAAAAUGUUUUAUGGAUAAACUAAAGGGAAUGAUAAGCGAAUUGACAGAAGAAAAAAUAGACAAUAGGCAGUGGGAAAUGAGCUUUUUAUUCGGAUACCAUCAAAAAUGCAAAAAUACAACAAUUUUAAAUACAAUUUUAAUAAUAGCAAAAUACACAAUAUACACGAGAAGAAACAUAGAAAAAUAUAAUAACAUCCACAUAAAAUUGUGUGUACUUUUUGAAAAAAAAUUUGAAUAUUUUUUUAAUUUAUUUUUUGAACAUUUUAAAAGGAUAAACGAAAUAGAAACUUUUGAAAACCUCUUUGUAACACAAAGCUCUUUUAUGGAACCAACCUGGAACGGACUGAGAAUCAAGCUAUCGAAAUGUGCAUGUUUUUAAAAAUGUGUUUUAGAUCACUUUAAUAAAAAUGUACCUGAAAUUUUUAAAAAUGUAUAUUAUGUAACGUGUUUUGUUUUAAAAACUGUCUGUAAACAAUGAUAUUUUGUAAAAAAAGUUAAUAAAAAAGAGAA